AUGAAUGAACAACAGCAACAGAAGCAGCGCCAGCAAGGCCGAGACCUGGAGGAUCAAGAAUCCUUCCAUCGCAAGUCGUUUGGUGCUGCCCGGUCUGAGGAGGGGGAGCAGAUACACAUGCCCACCCCGCCGCAGCAGCAGGAAGUGGAUGAGAAGACGUCCCAGCAAAAGCAACAGCAGCAAGCCAGAAAGAACCUGAGAGCUGGGGCCGAGUGGCGGCAAGUCGAGGCAGAAACACCACUUGCACCUGCACUUCCAAAUCUGGGCCAGGAAGUUGCUGCUGCAGCCUUCUGCCGGCCCACUCUUCAGCCCACUGGCAACUCACCCCACGCCCCCUCCAAGUCCCAUGCCACACACUCCCGCAUCCAACACCCCUCAUCCAACUCGACAGCAUCUUUGGCGGCCCCGCACAGCACCGACAGUGACGAAACAGAUGAACUGCGUUACCGGCUGGAAUCUGUGACCCUGAGCUCACACGCGCCUGGUUCUUCCAGCUCCAACAGACACAAGCCCGAUCCCGAUACCAAUACCGACACCGUUACUCAGAAAUCAUUACAAACCACCAUUUCUACUGGCCCAUCUGGCCCAGCAGUCCCAUCAUUGCACACAUCACGCACCGGACAUUCACACGCCCCCCGGUCGCACAGCGGUGACCCACCGCCUUAUUCUAAUCCUUGUGCUCAAGAACCGUGGGCCCAUACGGACACUGCAGCAGGGUCUAGUGGCGAUCUUAUAAGCCAGUCGUUCUUCUCCAGCUCAUCCGAAGCUGCCCUCCCUCCUCCUCCCAACAUCGUCGACCGGGAUUACAUCCGCACGUUUGCCAGUGGUACACCUUCUCCUACGUCGAGUGGCUCCGAAACUCCAACAGGCCGCUCACAUCCCUACUCCCAACGACCCCGUCGCACUGCUCCCCGACUUAGCAUUCGUUCAGCCGUCAACGCCUACAACACAGCCAUGGCCAUGGAGAAGAGCCGCAAGUUCUCUACGGGCACUUCGGUGCACCGUAAGCGCCAGAUGAGCACCCUCGCUGAGAAGGAGGGACAUUUUGGUCCCUCGCUGACGACCCUCUUCUUGGGUAUCUCGGCCGUGUUCGCGGACGAUCACACUGCUGUGGUCGCACUCGCCAUCCAUGACACUGUUUAUCUCGUCGAUUUCUCCGUCAAGCACAUUGUUCUCGACGAUGCCAUGCGCAUGGGUGCCGACCUGAUUGCGGACUACAUCAUUGAAGAGGUUGAGAAAUAUGAGCACGAAAACUUCGCCAAGUUCGUUGGCGCUGGUCUGCCGACCACGCUCAAGUACAUGAGCCCAACUCUCUGCUCACGGCUCUGGCUGGAGCUGGACAUUGUGCCGAUCGUGUUGCGCCCUGAUGAUGAGCAUAAAGAGAGGUCUUUCUGGGACGUUAAGCGCGUUGAUGAGCAGGCCGAUUCUAUGGCCCGCAAAUGCAUCAUGAACUUCGGCCCAUCUUUGGUUCCCAUCCUCCAGGUCGGCUGGCGCGGUGUUGUCCAGACCGACUGCGGCUUCCGCGCUCACCUCACGACCGUCCAAAACCACAAGGACACCGUCAACAAUUCUACCUGGGAAACUAUGAUGACCUUUGCCAAGAAGCUGCGCCAGAAAAAGACCAAGAUCGCCUUUUUCAGCUCGACUCCUCAGGGUGGUGGUGUUGCCCUGAUGCGCCAUGCCUUGGUGCGCUUUUCAAGGCUCAUGGGCGUUGAUCUGACGUGGUAUGUGCCGAAGCCACGUCCUGGAGUGUUCCAUAUCACCAAGAACAUCCACAACAUCCUACAGGGUGUUAGCCACCCCGAUCAGCGUGUUUCGGCCGAAGAGAAGCAGGCUGUCAUUGACUGGAUCACCGAAAAUGCCAAUCGCUAUUGGUUCUCCGAGGGUGGUCCUCUACGCCCGCCUGAGGAGGGUGGUGCUGACAUUGUCAUUAUCGAUGACCCGCAAAUGCCUGGCCUCAUCCCGCUUAUCAAGAAGGUUACUCCGUACCGCCCUGUGCUGUACAGGUCCCAUAUCCAGAUCCGUAGCGACCUUGUGGCCAAGCCAGGAACCCCUCAGGCCGAUAUCUGGGAUUUCCUCUGGAGCAACAUCCAGUAUGCCGACAUGUUCAUUAGCCACCCCAUCCCGAUCUUCGUCCCUCACAAUGUGCCGAGAGACAAGGUCGUCUACCUGCCAGCCACUACGGACUGGCUGGACGGUCUCAACAAGAAGCUCAACAAGUGGGACUCUGGCUACUAUGGCAACAUCUACAACAUUGCUUGCCACAGCCAGCGGAUGACUGAGCUCAACUGGCCUGCUCGCAAGUACAUCAUCCAAGUGGCUCGCUUCGACCCAUCUAAGGGUAUCCCAACCGUCAUCGACUCGUAUGCCGAGUUCCGCCGGCGCUGGGAGAGCGCGGGCAUGCCCGACCCGCCGCAGCUCGUUAUUUGCGGGAACGGCUCCGUCGACGACCCCGAUGCUAGCUUGAUCUACGAUCAGACCAUGAGCCAGCUCGAGACCUACUACCCCGACCUGGUAAAGGACGUCAGCGUUAUGCGCCUUGACCCCAACGAUCAGCUGAUCAACACCCUCCUGGCCAAUGCCCACGUCGUCCUCCAGCUCUCGACCCGCGAGGGUUUCGAGGUCAAGGUCUCGGAGGCUCUGCAUGCCGGCCGCCCCGUCAUCGUCACCAAUACCGGCGGUAUCCCGCUCCAGGUCAAGGACAAAGUCAACGGCUUCCUCGUCGCCCCUGGCGACUGGAAGGCCGUGGCCACCCACCUCAUGGAGCUCUUCACCGACGACGACCUCUGGAAGCGCAUGUCCCAUGCGGCGUCGACCGGUGUCUCGGACGAGGUUGGUACCGUCGGCAAUGCCCUUGCCUGGUACUACCUUGCAUCCAAGUGGCAUGAGGUCGGUGUUGAGCGCCAUGGUAAGGGCGGUCUCAAGGGCAAUGAGCGCUGGGUCAAUGAUAUGGCUCGUGAGGAGGCCGGCUAUCCCUACCAGCCUCAUGAGAACCGUCUGCCCCGCCACUUCACGGAGAACAAGAAGGUGCCUGUGCACCCUAGGCCUGUUGAGCCUGAGGAGCCGAAGGAGGUCACUGAACCGCAGGCGACUCCUGCCGAGACCGAGGCCGAGGCUUGA